CACGGAGCGCAGCUGAGACGGUCGACUGGAUAACAACACAGAAAGAGAAAUUCUGUCAGUGAAAUAAGAUGGAUGGAGACAAGGCUCAAUAUUCACGCCUUAUGGAGUCUCUGAAGAGGAGACAGCGGCUAGGCCCUGACGAGCUUAGACUUAUUGCUGAACAUGACAGCGAUGAAGAUCAUGAAGGCAUGACCAUUGAAGAGGAGGACUUCAUGGACAUGGAGCUCCUGGAUGAAGGGGAAGAAGAGGAUGAAGAGGAGCAAGAUGAGCAGAGGGAUCAACCAACAACCUCCUAUCGGUAAAUGCAUGUAUUCCAAUAGUGUGUAUUUGUAAAUGUGUGUGUGUACAUAUA